AUGGAAUGUGACCAGUUGCCUGCAGAGGCCCUCCGACAGGUGAAACUCCAGCGUCACCCCAUCUAUGGAUUCGGCUUUGUGGCCGGAAGUGAGAGACCGGUGGUAGUUCGCUCGGUGACCUCAGGAGGGCCAUCUGAGGAUAAGCUGUUGGCAGGUGACCAAAUAUUGGCCAUAAAUCAUGAAGAUGUAAGUGACGCCCCCCGAGAGAGAGUUAUAGAACUGGUCAGAGGCGCCCAGGAGGCUCUCAUCCUUACGGUGCUACAGACUCACCAGUCCCCCAAAUCAGCCUUCAUCAGCGCUGCCAAAAAAGCCAAACUGAGGUAACCAGUGAAAGUUCGCUUUUCGGAACACGUCACCAUUGGCGAGACGGAUCCCGACAUGCUGAAGAAGGAAGCGCUUCUCCUUAUUCCAAAUGUGCUGAAGGUUUUCCUUGAGAACGGGCAGAUCAAGUCUUUCACCUUCGAUGGCCGAACCACGGUCAAGGAUGUGAUGACGACCCUCCAGGACCGGCUGUCCCUGAGGCAGAUCGAGCAUUUCUCCCUCGUCCUGGAAUACUCCAGCCCUGAACAGAGUCACAAGUUCCUUCUCCUGCAGGACAAGCAGCCCCUGGCCCACGUGGUGCAGAGGACGCACUACCAAGGAAUGCGAUGCCUCUUCCGUGUCAGUUUCUUUCCCAAAGACCCCGUGGAGCUGCUGCGAAGGGACCCCGCAGCCUUUGAGUACCUGUAUAUCCAGAGUCGCAACGAUGUGAUCAGGGAGCGAUUUGGGAUGGAGCCCAAGCCAGAAAUGCUGUUCGGCCUGACCGCCCUGCACAUUUACAUCACCGUUUCAGCCACACGGCCCAGCCAGAAAGUCUCCCUCAAAAACGUGGAGAAAGAAUGGGGCCUGGAGCCUUUCCUGCCCCCCUCGCUGUUGCAAGGCAUCAAAGAAAAGAGCCUUCGGAAGGCCCUCUCUCAGCAGCUGAAGGCCCACCAGAACCAGCCCCCCUGGGGCACCAAGAUCACCACCACCCAAGCGAAGCUCCACUACCUGCGCAUCCUGAACGAACUGCCAACCUUUGCCGGCGUCCUGUUCAGCACUGUGGGACUGGACGAGAAAGAGCCAGCCACCACCCUCCUGGUGGGGCCCCGCCAUGGCAUCAGCCACGUCAUUGACCUGAAGACAAACCUCACCACCGUGCUGUCCGAGUUCAGCAAAGUCAGCAAGAUACAGCUCUUCCGGGAGAACCAGGGGGUGGCCCGGGUGGAAACCAGCAUCCUGGAUGCCAAGCCUCUGGUGCUGCUGAUGGAAUGGCCGGAGGCCACCAACUUCACCUGCCUCAUCGCUGGCUACUGCCGCCUGCUGGUGGACUCCAAGCGGACGAUCCUCUCCCGACACCCCAGUCACCCACCACCGCUUCCACUGACCAAGGCAGGUACGUUUCAUCCUCGGAGAUUUCCUCUGGCACCAGCAGGGCACCUGGCUAAGAAGGAGAGCAGGCUCCUGGGAGGCCCUGUCUCCAGCCCCAGAGGGGGCAGCCCUCCAGACCCCCUGGGCUCGGAGCUCCUCAGCUUUUGCUACCUGCACCUGCGGGAGCACAAGGAGCGCAAGAGCGGGACUGACGUCAAUGAAAACCUGAUCCUCUUCGAGGAGUCCCGGCCCCGGACCAAAUCAGACCCCACCUCAGAGAGCUCCGGGCGAGAGGACGGCGAGCCCCACGGCCCAGACCAGGAGCGCUGGGCCAACAGAGCCAGGGCGUACACCCUGGACAGCCAGCAGGGCAGCCAGCCCCAGCAGCUGUACUGUGACUCUUGCAAGGCCAAAGUCAAGCGCAAGCAGCCGGCCCCUCACCGAGGCAGCAAUCCCGGCUCCACCCAGGACAACGUGGUGGACCUGACCUCCCUCCCCCCUCCAGGGAGUGAUGAGGAGGAGGAUGAAACCACCUCCCUUCUCCCCAUCACCGCACCGCCUCCCGGCUUCCAAGACAACAGCUCUGACGAGGACGACUCGAAACGUCGGGCGGCGGCAGCAGCGGCUGCCGCCAUGGCCAAAGGGCAAGAGCCAGGACGCCAGCUCUGCGGCCUCCUGUACGAGGAGAUUCCCGUGACGCUGAUAGAUAGCAUGCAGACACGGACUGUCCGAGAUCACGCCCAGGACCUGGACGAUGCUCUGGUCUCCACACUGCAGGCCCUGGAAGCGCUGGCGGCCUCAGAAGAUGGCGCACACCCUCAGCCGCAGCAGACGGCAGGACUCAUCCUUCUGGCCGCCAUCACCCCCGAGUCAUCGAUGGACUCCGGCCACGAAACCAACCCCUCCGAGAUCCCCCACGUUCCCGAGAUUCUCGCCUCUGUGCAGCAACGUCAGAACGCCGCCUUCUUCCUGACUCAGCAGCUCAGCAAGGAAGGCCUCUUGGCCCGGAAGGACCUUCCUUUACGCAUCCAGACUUCUCGGUAUCGAGAGCCGGACCAGAUCUCCGAUGCCACCUGUGCUACAAACACGCGAGAUACGGAGAAAGGCUGUGCCCAGCCCUCGCCUUCUCAGCAGUUCAAUGAGCCCAAUGCCAAAGGGGAAGGGCCCGAGCCCAAAGGUUCCAUCCCCUGUGGGGCAGCUGAGGCCCCACACACCACGGCUGUCCCUGUCCUGGGAAACAGCCACCCAGAGAGUGGGCGGCAGGACCAGAGAGCAGCCCCCGUCCUUGUCGCCUCAAGUCUGCAGCCAGUCGGCCCCAAAGCUUCCCUUUCUGCAACAUUCUUGCCAACUGAAGGCAGCGCUCCCCCCUGGGGUCCUGACCGCAGGCAGCUGUCUGGUCCCCAGCCCUGCUCUGCGGGCCGGCUCUCCCCCAGCCUUCCCUGCUCUCAAAAGCAGCCAAGCGGCGAAGUCUUCCAGCAGAACCCAGGACGCCCAGGCAGCCCCACGGAGGUGGCCCUCCCUCCCCUGCGAGCAACAGCAGCAGAAGAGGAGAAGCAGGCGGCCCAGACAAAGGGAAGGCCAGAGGGGGCAGAGGAACUCCUGUGUCAGGAAGAGGGUGGCAGGCCACCUGGCCAGAGGGAGACGCUCCUCAGCCAGGAGGAAAAGGGACAGCAUGAAACGGGUGCCAGCAGCCGCAGCGCCCCGAGGCCUCCGCCCUGCAAGAGCCCACAGGCCUUCAGUAGUCCCGGAGGGGAGACUCUGAAGGGGAAGUUCCCCGCAGGUGCUCAGACCGGAAGCCUGCCCUCCACUUCCCUGCUUUUAAAAAGGUCUGAAAAGGCGCUGGCCAUUGCAGCACCGGACUCGGAUCUCCCGGCUAAGCCGAAAGUACCCAAAGCAUCAUUCCGGUUCAAGAACCUCAUUUCUGCCACUUUCCCAACACGACUCAAGAGAGAGACCGACGAGCGGCAAGCUCAGCUGCAGAAAGUGAGGCAGUACGAGCUUGAAUUCCUAGAAGAGCUGCUGAAGCCAAAGACCAGGAGGGAGCCCGUCUCUCCGGACCGCCUGGACCCUUCGGCCACAGGGCGCUGCGCCUGCCAGGUCCGAACCAGCCCUGUACAGACUGUGCCAGGGAUGUCCAGGGAACAGAGGCGGAGUUGUGACUGCAAGCGGCUCAGCCGUGGCACCAGGCCCCUGCCCGGCCAGUCCGCAGCGUCAGGCCUGGAGAGGCCGAGCAGGGGCAGAGAGCCGCAGCAAGCAGAAGGGCCAGGAAAGUCCUCUGCCGGAGCCCUUCCAAAGGGCAGCCGGGUCAGGUCCACCAGCCUGGAAUCGCGGGAUUGCCGGUCUGACCCUGAAAACAGCCUGUCGUGCCUGACCACGUGUGCCUCUCCAGGGGAGUGCGUAGGAGCACCCCACUACAAGAAGUUGAUGCGGCGCUACAGCGUCAGCGAAGUUGAAAAGAUGGAACAAACGUCCCCAGGUUCUCCAGGCUACCUGAGCCAUUACCUGCACAAGCAGCGGGAGGCCACCGCCCAGGACCCCGCCCCGAAAGGCAAAAUGCAGGACCCCCACCUCACGGUGGCAGAACCCUCUUAUGUUCAAGUGGCUGAGAAGAGCCAGAAAGGUGGUGCCGUGCUUCCUUUUCAGGAGGAGAUCUAUCCGAGCCCCCACAAACUGCCAGAGGAGGAUGGAGACGGGGAGAGGUGCUGCUCCUUCCGGUACUGCUUCUACUACAGGAAGUGCGACAUGACCGAUGACGGGAGUGAAAAGGAUGAGCUUUCUUACGCCAUUCCCAUGCCAAUCCUCCCAGAAGGGAAGCUCAGCCACCAGGCCAUCCCAGUGGUCAGCAGAACUCUCCAGGUUCUGGAUGCCAGCGUCUGCAGCACUCCAGACAACCAGACCCAGGAGAUAGACCUGCGGACCUCCUCCUUUGAGGGCAGCCUGGCCAAGAUCCACGCCCUGAAGGGCCGUACCUACACCUGGCCCAACGGAUUCCUGGCUGUGCAGCUGGACACCAGUGAACUCUUGACCAUCCUUCGGCAGUGCAUCAUGAGCCCCCAGGCCCAGGAAGGCAAGUCGUAUCUCCCUCAGUUGACCGAGUACAAGCAAGAGUUGGCCCUUAAGUUCAAGGACUUCCGGGCCUCCUGCCGCCGAGUUGCCGCAGUCAACAAGAGCCCAACCCGCAUGCUGUCGGCAGUGAGUGGCAGCUUCCAGGUCCUGGGAAGCUUGAUGGAGACCUUUGUGCGGCUGGUGAAGGUGGUGCGCUCGGGGUCGCAGCGUCAGGCGCUCUUGGCCCAAGUGGAAGAGAUUGUGAGGAACUACACAUUCUUGCUGAGAGCUGCCGAGGAGUCCACCGCCCGAACCGGCCACCGAGGGGACCAGGAAGCUGAGCAGCCGAGCCACCAAUCUGCGGCCUCCAUGGUGAACUCUCUCACACGGUCCUGGAAGGCGCUGAUGAACAAGUAAAUGGGUGUCUGUGGCCGGAGACUGCCACCGGCCCAGCCUAGACCAAGUGCCUGAAUGCCCGCAGGGCUGGGAGAGCGAGCAGGGCACGCCCGGACGUCUCCUGCCUGCAACUCCUCAUUUGCCCCGCGAGCCCCACCUCCUCUCCCGGAUCACCCGGGGUCAAACCGGCUCAAACGCCCCGGCUGCGUCCGGGGAAGCCCAGCCCGGAGCCCCUCCUGUCCCCGCCCCCCCCCAAGAGGGACCUCCCUCCAGCCGCCACGGCCAGGAACGUCCACGUCUUCGCGGCGGGAACUGUCGCUACUGUCGCCGCCGCGCGAUGUCCCCCCAGCCGGGACGGGAUUCGGAGACCGGGGAGUUCCCGGUGCUUGGCCGAGCGGGACCCGCCCGCGGCUUCUAAAGGUAGCCGAGCCCAGUGCCUGGCGCGGCCCCUGCUCCCUUGGCAGCCCGGCCUCCUCCUCCCGCCGCCGCCCCCACCCUCGCGUGUACGGACCAAGCCGGUUCUCUGUCGCAAACCCGGAAGAGUAAAUGAAUUCCUUCCGCCUCUGCCGCCCGGGAGCUUUCCUUUCCGCAGCCCCGCCUCCUCCCCUCCCCGCGCGUGCGCGUUGCCAGGCGAGGAGCGGUGAGGUGACAAAGGGGGCGUGGCACCAAGAUGGCGGGCUAGCGCGCGCGGCCCUUCCGUCGGCGCCUGCGCGUUCGGGGGGGAGGGCGCCCGUGCGUCGCACCA